AUGAUAUGCCCCAGGGGUUUUUUCACACUCAAACUUCACAGAUCAUUCUUUCUCGACAAUCCACUUACACCUGCAGCUGAAAUAUUGAAAUUCCAGAUGUCAAAGAAAAGAGGGUUGUCAUUGGAAGAGAAGCGGGAGAAGAUGCUUCAAAUCUUCUACGACUCUCAAGAUUUUUACCUUCUAAAGGAGCUUGAAAAGCUGGGCCCCAGAAAAGGUGUUAUAAGUCAAUCUGUCAAAGACGUUGUCCAAACCCUAGUGGAUGAUGACUUGGUGUCAAAAGACAAGAUUGGAACCUCAGUAUACUUUUGGAGUCUUCCUAGUUGUGCUGGAAACCAGCUAAGAAAUGUGUCCAAGAAACUUGAGUCAGAGCUUGAAAUCAGCAAGAAGCGGCAUGUAGAGCUUGUUGAGCAAUGUGACUCUUUAAAGAAAGGCAGGGAGGAUUCAGAAGCAAGAGAAGAGGCUUUGAGUGAGCUCAAAGCCAUUGAACAAAAGUAUAACAAUCUAAAAGAAGAAAUGGGACAAUAUGCAGACAAUGAUCCUGCCACAUUUGAAGCAAUGAAGGAAGCGAUUAAAGUUGCCCAUGAAGCAGCUAACAGAUGGACAGAUAACAUUUUCACAUUGCGCCAAUGGUGUUCAAAAAAUUUCCCUCAGGCCAAAGAACAACUUGACCAUUUGUACAAUGAGGUAGGGAUAACAGAUGAUUUUGACUACUUGGAGUUCCCAGCAGUGACACCUGUCUAGCAAGUUGAGGAGUAAAAUAUUAUCAUGAGAUAAUUUGGUUAAGUUUUUCUACAUAAUCAGUGGUAAAAAGUAAAAAAAAAAAAAUGCGAUUCUUCUGUAAUCAUUCGACCAAUAUUGUAAGGGGCAAAUUUGUAUUUUCAGGUAAUAUUAAUUACAGAUGUUCCGGCAUAUAUGUGGUGUGCAACCUGUAUUCACAUGGCACUCCAUGUUACCAUUGUAUGUGUCCAAAAGAG